AUGGAUUCUACUAACGAGGGAACAUUCCCAGAUGUUGGAGCGAUUUUUAGUCGGGACUUUGCGCAUCUUGUAGGCCUUGAUGAAUUAUGCCUACCACCAAUUAUUUUUUGUUUCGAUGCAGAAGAAUUCUAUUUUGACGGUACUUUUGUGUUUGCUACUAUUGCAAAUCGAGAAGGUGAAACUGAUAUAUCCUUUAGUACGAGCCAAUCAAGUGUAAAUGAUAUUUCAACAAUGGAUGAAGAUGAUCUUGUAUCUUAUCGACAAUAUACAAUAAAUACAACUGGUGCUACUCGAGGAGGAAAAAAACGUUCUGCACCAUCAAGAUCACCAACAUUAGGAACGAAUACAAAUCCAAUUGAUGAAGAAUCUAAUAUCGACGAAGAUAAUAUAUCGAUAAAUCCGAAGCAACGAAUAAGUACGACAGUUCAUAGAAACACUACGAAUACAGCAUUUGGAGAUACAACAUAUACAGUAUUGAGUCAACAAUCAAUUGUUGGAUUACAACAAUCAGAAGAUUUCAUGGCUGAUAUGACUGAUGAUGAAGAUGAAGAAAACUAA